AUGUUUGCUAGAAGCCCUGUCCUCAACCAGUCUGGCCCCACUGAGUUCGUGUUCCGCGUGUUCACCACGGUCCCUGAAUUCCAGGCCCUCCUCUUCCUCCUCUUCCUCCUCCUCUACUUGAUGAUCCUCUGUGGCAACACAGCCAUCGUCUGGGUGGUGUGCACACACAGCUCGCUCCGCACCGCGAUGUACUUCUUCCUGUGCAACCUGUCUUCCCUGGAAAUCUGCUACACCUCGGUAGUGGUGCCUUUGAUGCUUUCUAACAUUUUGGGAGCCCGGAAGCCCAUUCCACUGGCUGGCUGUGGGGCCCAAAUGUUCUUUUUUCUCACCCUUGGCGGCGCUGACUGUUUUCUCUUGGCAAUCAUGGCAUACGACCGCUAUGUGGCCAUCUGCCACCCACUGCACUACACCCUCAUCAUGACCCAGAAGCUGUGCGUCCAGAUGGUGGAAAUUAAAUUGGAUGCUGAGAAUGUUGAUAAAGGGUUUAAUACUGGUCUUCACUUUGACAAGCAUACCACAGAUGUCCCAUUGACAGGAGACCCCAAGUGCAAAGACAGUUUUAGUUUGGACUCAUUAUCUGGUAACAGGGGAGAUCAACAACCAUCCAACUACCUCCUGGGAGAUAGAACUUAUGGGCAGAGAAACUCUGUUAGCUCAAUGAUCUGGGGAAAUCGUUCACUGGCCUAUCCCUCCCAACCAGAGCUCCGUGUCUUAUCCUUCCUUGGAGUCAGCCUAGUUUAUACCUUGAUUAUCAGUGGGAAUGUCCUAAUUAUAGUGGCCAUCCAGACAGAAGCCCGCCUACACACAUCCAUGUACUAUUUCUUGGGCAGCCUCUCAGGAGUGGAAAUAUGCUACACUGCUGUGGUGGUGCCCCACAUCCUGGCCAACAUCCUACAGUCAGAGAAGACCAUCACCCUCCUGGGCUGUGCCACUCAGAUGAUCUUCUUCAUCGGGCUUGGCAGUGCUGAUUGCUUCCUCUUGGCCUCCAUGGCCUAUGACCGGUAUGUUGCCAUCUGCCACCCCUUGCAGUAGCCUCUCACCAUGACUUUAACUCUCUGUGUCCGCUUAGUCGUGGCCUCUGUGGUCAUCGGCUUGUUCUUGUCCAUACAACUGGUGGCCUUCAUCUUCUCUCUGCCAUUCUGCUGGGCUCAGAGUAUCGAGCACUUCUUUUGUGAUGUGCCGCCCGUGAUGCAUCUUGUUUGUGCCAACAGCCACAUCCAUGAGCAGUCAGUGCUUGUGGCAGCCACACUGGCCAUUGCCAUGCCUUUCUUCUUCAUUGCCACCUCCUAUGUCUUCAUCGUUGCUGCCGUGCUCAAGAUCCACUCCGCAGCGGGGCGUCACCAGGCCUUCUCCACCUGCUCCUCCCACCUUUCUGUGGUCCUGCUGCAGUAUGGCUGUUGCGCCUUCACGUACCUGCACCCCAACUCCAGCUACUACCCUAAGCAAGAUCAGUUCAUCUCCCUGGUGUACACAUUGGGAACCCCAAUGCUCAACCCACUUACCUACACCCUGAGGAACAGUGAAAUGAAGGGGAUUCUGGGGAGAGUUCUUACCAGGAAUUGCCUCUCCCGUAACAAAUAG